AUGUCGCGCACGGAGCAGGAGGAGAAGCUAGAGGUAAUCUUCAGCGGCCUGGAGAGCGCGUUCAAGAAGAUAGACAAGAUAAAGGACGAUGUCAAGCGGCAGGCAGCGCUGAAAGACAUCACUUCAAAGCUGCGCGAUGCAAAGGCCCUUAUCAAGGAGUUCGAAAGGGAGGCCCGCACAGACGGCAUGCCUGCGCGCGAGCUGGCAGACCGCAAGCGCACCUUGGUGAAUGAGCUCAACUCAUACAUCGCCCUCAAGAAAAACUACAGCGGGACAGAGGACGCGCGCGGGGAGCUGCUGGCGGGCGUGGCGGCGCAGGGGGAGGGGGGCGGCGCAGGCGUGGAGAAGACGAACCCUUACGAUGGCCUGACCAUGCAAGAGCUGGUGAAGGAGGGGCGCAAGGGCAUGCAGGAGACUGAGGCCACGCUGAACCGCACAGAGAAGCUGGUGGAGGACACCCUGCAGAUUGGGGCGCAG